AUGGAGUUUGAAUUCCAUAUGAGGGAGCUAGACAACUUGGAUAAGCGCAUAAGACCGUACCUGGAGAAAAUUGGCCAUGAAAAAUGGUCAAGGUAUCAUUCAGAAAACAACAGGUACUCUACCAUGACAUCAAACAUAGCUGAGGCACUGAACUCAGCAAAUUUAGCAGCAAGGGAAACACCAGUGACAACAUUAAUGGAGUGCUUGAGGGCACAAAUGCAAGAGUGGACAUACAAUAAUAGAAAGGAGGCACAAAAAUGCACAACAAGGCUGACACCAUCAUCUGAGAAAAAACUCAUAGGGAACUAUGUACAGUCAUUGCGACUAACAAGAAUCGCCGUCAUGAAGGACUUGAACAUAAACACAUACAACUACUGUGCACAAUACUACACAUCAAAAGCAUGGCUGCAAACAUAUGAAGAAACAGUAUACCCAGUUGGAAACGUAAGAGAAUGGGAACUUCCAGAAUUUUUUGAAGAAAUCAUAGUGUUGCCUCCAAAGGAGAGAAUCAAGUCUGGAAGGCCGAGGAAAAGAAGAAUCGCAGCAGCUUGGGAAACAAAGAAACAAAACAAGUGUGGCAAGUGUGGACAAAAGGGACAUAACAAAAAGUCCUGCAGAAGAAUUACAGCAUAG